GCCAUUUUCGAGACUCCACACAAACAGCAGCGCAAUGUUCAGGAUUACUCUGUUGGUCACGCUGAUAUUUGGCAUUGCUUCCAAGCCAUACAAGCUGUGGAACGAAAGUAGUAAGAACAACUUCCACGACAAUCUCAUGUCAGUAGACGCCAAGGAAAAGAUGGCUUUAAGUGUGGAAGUGGAACCUCCGGAAGACACGGACCAAACUGACGAUGACAUUGAGCCUGAAAUGAAGAUAUGGGAGGAUGUGGCUGCCCAACACAUUCCGCUGGCAGAAGCAGACCUGGACGAUGUGCAGCAUCCCUCUUUGCAAAAACUUCUGGCUGAAGAUGAAGACGAGCCUGAGCAGGACUGGGAUGAGGUCUACCAGAAAAUCAGAGCAGAACUGGAUGGAUACCUUGCCCCGCUCACCGCUGAAUACAAAAUGAUGGCCCAACGUGCCCGACUUGAACCGAAAGAGACUGUACCGCUGGAACUGGUGAGACGUCACCUGGAACCUGAAGUGGAUUUGGAUGACUGGUACCAUCCUGACGUGCAAAGCCGGUUCCCAAGUUACCAUGAAAACUACGAUGACAACGUUGCCGCUCCUUUUGAAUGGAAGUCCGACAAGAAUUACGACCAACCGGAAGAAGAUCUGGAUCAUCUCUACCACCGAUGA